AUGGACCUCGCGCGGCCGUCGUCGCCGGAGCGCGCGCCCCUCCGCAGCGGAGGAGUCGGAGCCGAGCCCACGACGUCGCCCGGGACCGUAGAGCCCGCCAUCCCGGAGAGUGCGCCCGCCCGCCACGUUCAAUUCCCGCCCCCCUCCAGCUCGAGCUCUAGCUCCGACGAUGAGGAGCUGUCGAUCGCGGAAGCCCGUCCUCCCGACGGCGGCUGGGGCUGGGUCGUCGUGUUCGCCUCCUUCAUGGUCAACCUCAUCGCCGAUGGUAUUACGUUCAGUUUUGGUGUGUUCUUUCCGCACUUCCUGGAGUACUUCGGCGAGGGUAAAGGAAAGACCGCUUGGAUCGCCGGCAUCUUUAUGGCGAUGCCGCUGCUGUCCGGACCCAUUGCUAGUUUCUUGACGGACAGAUAUGGCUGUCGACGGAUGACAAUUUUUGGCUCGAUAUUGGCGUUUCUGGGAUUCGUCAUUUCGGCAUUCGUCGAUAAUAUGGAGACGUUGUUCCUGACCUUUGGUAUUAUGGCCGGAUUUGGAUUGAGUUUGUGUUACGUAGCCGCUGUGGUCAUAGUGGCCUACUACUUUGAGAAGAAACGUUCUCUGGCGACCGGUAUAUCGGUUUGCGGGAGCGGUAUCGGAACUUUUAUAUUCGCACCCUUAACAUAUAUUUUACUAGACGAGUAUGGGUGGCGGGGAACGACUUUGAUACUCGCUGGAUUUUUCCUGAAUAUGGCUGUUUGUGGCUUGUUAUUCCGAGAUUUGCCAUGGACUACUACUAUGAACGCUGAGAAAGCGAGGGAACGAAAAAGGCGGCGAGAAAGAAAGAGAAAUAAACGUUUCGGAUCCUCAGUGGACAGUUUUUCUGAUAGUAAAAGUAGUGCCGCCGGGUCCACUAAAGUGACAGACACCGUAAUAGAAGAGGCAUCGACGUCGAUCGUGCCUCAAUUUAGUUCUUUGGUCGAUUUGCCGACAUUUAUGACUGGAGGGGAAGGCGUUUCCUUAGAAGUAUUCGAAUUAAUGUCUAACAGAGGGCGAGCGUAUGCGUUACUAGCGCAAAACUAUCCCGGGGUGAUGUUGCCUUCCAGAAGUUUCAGCGAUAGUGGUCGGUUACACGAACAAUCUCCGCCAAAGGCUAUCCUGUCCCCUGGUACAGUUUCUCCCGGGACACUGUCACCAACCUCGGUUCCCAGUGCUCGAGAACAGAGCAACACGAGUACGAAUGUUCACGAGAAAGCGGCUCUAUCGCUGUGGUUGAGGAGACAGGCGGGUUCCACAAAAAAACCCCCCGCCUUCCUGAAGGACCUGCGAGUCCACAGACACUCGCUUACAUACAGAGGUGCUAUGCUUAAUAUAAAUCGAUAUAGACUCCGAGCGUCUUCCUGUCCUAACAUAUUUAGGAAUUCCAUGACGACGAUUGCCAAAGAGAAGGUUCAGUGGUACGCUGGUUUAUGGGACUUCUGGGACCUGGCCGUGGACGUGCUGGAUUUCUCUCACUUCCUGAACCCCAAGUUCCUCGUCUUCGCCAUAUCAAACUUCCUCCUCUAUAUGUGGUAUGACGUGCCGUAUGUUUACAUCGCUGACAACGCUCUGAACAUGGGCUUCAACGAGUCUCAGGCAUCUAUGCUGAUAUCUAUUAUAGGAAUAUUGAACAUGUUUGGUGAGAUCCUACUGGGCUGGGUUGGUGAUUGGAGUUGUGUGUCACCUAUCGUGGUGUACGCAGGGUGUAUGUUGUUAUGUGGGCCAGUAACCUUGGUUAUGCCGCUGCUUGGGUCAUACCCGAAGGUCGCAGCGGCUGCUGGGGCUUUUGGAGCCUUCAUCGCGGCCAACUACUCCCUCACCAGCAUCAUCCUCGUGGAACAAAUUACUUUGGAGAAGUUCACGAACGCGUAUGGAUUGCUCCUGCUUAUACAGGGUGUUGCGAACCUGGUGGGACCGCCGCUUGCAGGGUGGGUGUAUGACAUCACAGAUUCCUACGACCUAUCUUUCUAUCUGGCUGGAGUGUUCAUAGCUAUCUCCGGUGUGAUACUUCUCAUACUACCCAUAUACAACAUGGCCAAGAGAUACAAGCAGAGACGAUCUAGGAAGACCCAGAUAAAUGGACUGCAUCAUAACGGAAAACUUCUACCAUAG